UUCUGUCGUCUUUGUCUUUCAGCCACUGCAUCAGUCAGAUCCUGGAGAGCAUCAGUCACAUCCACCAGCAUGAUAUCGUACACAGAGACCUCAAGCCUGAGAACCUGCUACUGGCCAGUAAGAUGAAGGGAGCAGCAGUGAAGCUAGCAGACUUUGGUCUAGCUAUUGAAGUGCAAGGAGACCAGCAGGCGUGGUUUGGUUUUGCUGGAACUCCGGGAUAUUUGUCCCCAGAGGUGCUGAGGAAGGACCCAUAUGGAAAGCCGGUGGAUAUAUGGGCAUGUGGUGUGAUCCUGUACAUCUUGUUGGUGGGAUACCCCCCCUUCUGGGAUGAGGACCAACACAAACUGUACCAACAAAUCAAAGCUGGAGCAUAUGAUUUUCCUUCUCCAGAGUGGGAUACAGUGACCCCUGAAGCCAAGAACCUGAUUAAUCAGAUGUUAACCAUCAAUCCUGCCAAAAGAAUCACUGCUGACCAGGCCCUCAAGCACCCGUGGGUCUGCCAACGCUCCACUGUGGCUUCCAUGAUGCACCGUCAGGAAACCGUGGAGUGUCUGCGCAAGUUCAAUGCCAGGCGGAAACUUAAGGGAGCUAUUCUCACAACGAUGCUGGUGUCCAGAAACUUCUCAGUGGGACGGCAGCAAACCAGCCCUGCCGCUACCACCAGCACUGCCGCAAUGGCACAGGAAGCCUGCAAAACCUUACUAAACAAAAAGUCGGACGGUGUGAAGCCAGACAACAGUAAAAACAGUGUAGUAAGCAGCAGCACCAAAGACAGCAGCAUAUCAUCGUCUGCACCAAUGGAAGCCCAGACCACGAUUGUACACAACCCAGCUGAUGGCACCAAGGGCUCCACAGAGAGCUGCAACAAUGCAGAAGAGGAGGAGAUGAAAGGUAGGAAAGCGCGUAAACAAGAGAUCAUAAAAAUGACAGAGCAGCUGAUAGAAGCCAUCAACAAUGGGGAUUUUGAGGCCUACACGAGAAUCUGUGACCCCGGACUGACUUCCUUUGAGCCGGAAGCUCUCGGAAACCUGGUGGAGGGAAUGGACUUUCACAAGUUCUACUUUGAAAAUCUUCUCAGUAAAAACAGCAAACCGGUCCACACCACCAUCCUCAACCCUCACGUCCACCUCAUCGGCGAGGACGCCGCCUGCAUCGCCUACAUCCGCCUGACGCAGUUCAUCGAUGGCCAGGGCCGGCCGCGCUCCUGCCAGUCGGAGGAGACGCGGGUGUGGCAUCGCCGUGACGCCAAGUGGCUGAAUGUGCACUUCCACUGUUCGGGAUCGCCGGCUGCACCCCUGCAGUGAAACCCCCACCAAGGCCCAGGUCUGCCUGAACUGCUGGGAGCGUUUCUUCUCCUCGGUUGGAGUCCAGUCGGAAUCUUGGCCGGGAGAAAGCCGUUUGGAAAACGUUGGAGAAACCAAUUUUUAAAAAAAAGUCAUAAAUAAACCACAUAAAAGAAUAAAAUGACCAAUCAACACAAAUCGGUCCGUCCUCAGCUGGCGGGGGCCUCGCUGACAUCAGCCCCCCCUCGUGGAUGGUGCAUGCUUUUGACGGCGACACCGGGGUGAUGCUGCCGGCUCCUCCCCCCCACGGCCUUCGUUUGCCCGUCUUUGUUUUGUCUGUCGUGUGGAAAAGUAUUAGUGUUGAAAAUAUCUAUAUAACAAUUUGAAAAAAAACAGACUUGACACACAGCGAGGAUGACAGACCGGCAGCUGUCUAAUCGUUCGGUGGAGUAGUACAUUUUAGUGUGGGCGGGGCUUAUCGGGGACUAAAUCAGCUAUAUUUCAAAGGGAUUUAAGUGAAGCCACCUUUGCUUUUACUGCCAUUUUGUAUGUUUUAUCUCCUGAAUGAAGGGAUAAGUAUUUUGUGUUUGAUUGAAAAGGGGAAUUUAUUUAAAGCUGUAUAAAUCGAUAUAUUUAUGUAGGGGUUAAAGGGUGUUUUGUUUUUUUCCAGACCCUUCCUGUGAGGUUUAGAGGUGUAAAUACCACAAACAAAAAGUUACUGCAUGCACGCACACUUUAACGGCGGCGUUUGGAGCCUCGGCGUCUGGGUCAGCUCACCCUGAAGUUGCAGAAGGCUGUAGUGUGUGCAGCUGAACACUAGGGGGCAGCAGUGACAGCUCCACACGUUCUCACCACCUUCAUGUUCCUGAUGCAUGACGUCCUCCAUCUUAUGGCCUGUACUGUUUCUUCACAGACACUUAAGACUUGAUGCUGUUGUUUGCUCUUGUGGGGGGAGCCUUUCUGCAACUUCAGGUUCUGCUGCCCCCCCCUCCAUCAUUCCUGGUGUUUUGGUGUGAUGAUGAUCAUCUCUGGUGUCUACGAUGUUCAUGAUUUUUUAUAUGGUCCGUCUACGCUUGCUGUACUUCAGUGUGGAGCCUUGGCGUUAUAGAAGCAUGUUAAAAAUGAAUGCAGCUGAUGGGAAUGGAAAAAAAAAAUAGAGCAUGAUGGGAAGAGGGCUACGGGACCUUUUGCGGAUGGCAAUCAAUGCCUUUGGGUCCCCCUUUUUAUCACUUUUCUGUUGUAAAUGUUGUAGCUAAAUGUUUUGAUGUUUAUCAGAAACUGGCGAGAGACGGCGUUCACGGGAUCAAGGCGCCUCCUCUGGACGAGGAGGACGGCGAGCAUAUCUGUCGGUGGUUGAACUGUUGUUUCUCUGUCGUAAACGCGUCAUCCAACACUACGUCGUCCGACCCUCACAUCGUCUUCGUCCGUCCUCCGAUGAUCAGCUCCAAAGUGACGUGACUUCUCUGACAUGCCAUGAAAACUGUGUGCCCCCCCCCCUCCUCCUCCUCCUACAACGACGACUUUGUACCACGAUGAGGAAAUGUAAGCUCUUGUUGUGAACCCGGCACACACACUGGUUGUUUCUGCCACCAUACUACUAAUAAAAUGUAUUUCCACA